AUGCCGACGUACUUCAUCCACUUCGGCUCCGUGGAGCCGCCGCUGAUCGCGAUCAGCAUCCAGAUCACAUCCGAGGAGAGGCUGGCGAAGGCCAUGGCCCACGUCCAGAAGUUCGGCUGGACCAUCGUCGACCUCGUGGAGCACGACCAGGUGCGGAAGAGGAUCCACAACCUGGUCGAGGACCUGAAGGGCUCCAUCCGCGUCUACUGCCGCGUCCGGCCCCUGAGCGAGAAGGAGAAGGGCGAGGGCAGCAAGGGGUGCGUGCGCCAGCUGGAUCUCAUCACCGUCGAGGUCACUGGGCAGAAGAAGGGCGAUCACGAGGCGGCAAAGGAGGCCCCGGACGUGUCGAAGCACGCCUACGACGCCGUGUUCAUGCCCGGGACGCAGGAGGACGUCUUCGCCGACUGCAAGGAGCUGGUGCAGUCGGUGCUGGACGGCUACAACGUGACCGUGUUCGCGUACGGCCAGACCGGCGGGGGCAAGACGCACACCAUGAUCGGCGUGCCGGGCUCCGCGGACCUGGAAGGCAUCGUCCCUCGGACGAUCAACGAGCUGUUCGGCAAGAUGGCGGCGAACGCCGAGCACUGGAAGUACGAGCUCAAGACAGCGGUGAUGGAGCUGUACUGCAGCCAGCUGGUCGACCUGCUCCCCGCGCCAGCGCAGCCGACGAGCCCGAGGGCCAAACCCAAGGAGGAGUCGAUCUGGACCAUCGCU